UUCAUUAAUUGACGGUCUGACGGAGCUUACUGCGCCCCGGUACAACUACACACACCGGUGGUGACUCGUCACUCCGCGCAGAAAGAUGGCUGCGGUGGCGCGGACCCCGGUCGGGGAAGGGAUUCGGAUAGUUGUCCUGUGUGUGUUUUGGUACACGGUGAGCUCCGGGGGCAACGUUAUCAACAAGAUAAUCCUCAACGGAUUCCCGUAUCCCGUCACGGUCUCUCUGUUCCACAUCAUCUCCGUUGUCGUCUUCCUCCCGCCGCUGCUGAGGGCAUGGGGAGUCCCCAAAACUGAACUGCCGAGCAGGUACUAUCGGUGGUACAUCCUCCCUUUGGCUUUCGGAAAAUACUUCGCGUCCGUUUCGGCUCACUUCAGCAUAUGGAAGGUGCCCGUUUCGUAUGCACACACAGUCAAAGCCACAAUGCCAAUAUGGGUGGUGCUGCUGUCGAGAAUUAUAAUGAGGGAGAAGCAAACUACAAAGGUCUACGUGUCUCUCAUCCCGAUCAUCAGUGGCGUGCUGUUGGCGACCGUCACUGAGCUUUCCUUUGACGUUUCAGGAUUAAUCAGCGCUCUCGCUGCCACGCUCUGCUUCUCUCUGCAGAACAUCUUCUCUAAAAAGGUGCUGCGUGACACAGGUGUGCAUCACCUGAGGCUCCUGAACGUCCUGGGUUUUAACGCCAUGUUCUUCAUGGUUCCCACCUGGGUUCUGGUGGAUUUCUCUGUGUUUCUUGUGAAUGGGGAUCUGUCGGACAUUUCGGGAUGGACCGGCACCUUCUUCCUCCUCCUCAUCAGCGGCUUCUGUAAUUUUGCCCAGAACGUCAUCGCUUUCAGUAUUCUGAACCUCGUCAGCCCUCUCAGCUACGCCGUCGCCAACGCCACCAAGAGGAUCAUGGUCAUCAGCAUAUCUUUGCUAAUGUUGCGCAACCCGGUCACGCUCACCAACGUGCUGGGUAUGAUGACGGCCAUUCUCGGGGUUUUCCUCUACAACAAGGCUAAGUACGACGCCAACAAGCAGAAGAAGAAGCUGCCCACCAGCACGCAGGACCUCCUGUCCUUUGACAACCCGGUGCUGGAGAAGACGCAGGCGAAUGGGUCGGGGCCUUUCUACGGCUCCGAACAGCAGCAGAACUGGAACAACGUUCUGACCGACCAUUUCCAGUACAGCCGGCAGGCCUACACGGCAAACCACAGCAGCAACCACCAGUUCGUGGUGUAACGGAGGCGCUCGGGCCUCGCAGCAGCAGGUUCUCUCUCCUGCUCCGGACUGAGCCUGAAGGCAAGUGCUGUUUGUUAGGGAUUUUAAAAAAAAAAGGAAAAAAAUUAGACGAGCCGAUUGUGACGUGCCAGAGAAGUUUCCUCUCCGCGUCCCUCCAUGUUUAGUCGGCAUGUUUCUUUACAUCCUUGCUGCUCGUUUUUAUUUAUUACGAUGCUGAUGACUGUUGAGGAAACAAAAUCAGCAGCUUCAGACAUUUUGAUGAGAGAUUGAGCCACAAUAUUCAGACACGACGACAUGCCGCAGUUUGAAAACAUCUAGUUUGUCUUCCACAAGCAGCCGCUGUUUGUCAUUCACAAGAGAGAUGCAGCAAUCAGUCUCUAAAAUCUCUAAAAAAUUAAGAUUAUUCUGAAUGAUCUGAAGUCUCUAGCUUCAAACUUUCAUCUGAUUUCUACUAAACCCAAAAAAGUUCAUAAUGACACAUAUUCUGUUGGGAGUUCUUGGUUAUUUUUCUGAGAGCUGAUGAAGGAAAAUAGACAUAUCUAAUCCCUGUCAGAUUGAUCGUUGCAUCUCUAAUCUGUAACCUUUCAACCAACAUCCAAAAUCCCUCACGUUGCAUCUGUAACCAACUUGGAUUUUUAUCUUUAGGGUUGUCGUUUUUUCUUCUUGAGGCAUUUGUUUUAUGAGGAGAAACAAAUUGUCUUCAGGAAUAUAGUUUACAAAAUGGAGGCAGAUUAUAUCUCAGCGUCGAGUCUCGUUAUGAUUUAAGCUAAGCUACGUUCACGUUGUUAAAAUGAGCCAUGUACAGUCCAGUUGGAGACUGAAGCAGUUUGGUUUCACAUGAACAUUUAAGGUGUUUUUGGUCGAAAUAUGGGUUUUAGUUUCCUGGUUUUAAAUAUUGUUUUCAACAAUAGGAAUUCUGUCCCCUAAUUCCCCUAUUCAGGUCAAAAAAGAAGCCAAGUGUAUUGAAUUUCAGUUGAUUUGUUUCGAGACAAACGUUUCAGUUUCUGAUUAUUUUUCUCUUCUGAAUUAGUUCUCAUUUAGAGAAAAGCGUAUCUUUAUCAAACUGGAGUUUCUGAAAGUCUGAAGGUACGAGAAGUAAACUCCAGCAUCAUUCAUACAAGUGCCUGAUGAAGAAAAAUACCUAAUAAUAAUAAAAAUAAGGUGUUCUGUUUGUUUUCCAUUGUUUCUGGGCAAACGUUGAUGCUUGUAAAUAUUCCCACAACCAGAAUAGUUUGAGCUACAUUUUAAAUAGAAAACAAAAACCCUGCUGAUCAAUCAUAAAGGGAUGUUUGAGAACGCAGCGCGUUUAGAGCUUUAAGUGGAGAGUGAGGCCAAAGGUCAGUGACCUCUCACACAUGUGUCCUGUCCCCCUGUUGAGCAAGGAUGUCACAACUUGUUGUCCAGAUGUGUCGUCGUAAAACGUAGAUCACCAGUUUCUAGAAAGGCCCUGUGAUGUGCCUUUUGGUUUAGCAAACAUAAAGAACGAAAACUAAAUUUUAACGGUAAUGGAUACAAAAAAUAAAUAUUACUGCGUUUCUUUUUACAGGUUAUUGGAAUUUGUUAACGCCGCAGUUGGAUUUAUUUUCCUUUAAAUCCUGAACUAAAGCUGCUUUAGAAUGUUUUGUGUUACUUUGUUUUUUCUACUGUAGUUGGCAUCAAUUUUGCACAUUUUAAAACAACAAAAUGUGAUUUUUGUCAAGAGUUGUUUAUUGAACUCUGUGCACAUAUUGGUCACCAAAAUGACUCGCCAUCCAUAAAAAAUGAACUUUUGCUAUUUAAAUUAAUCUGUACAGGUGGAUCUUAAUAAAUUAAACCAUUAUAAAACAUUUCUGAAUUGAGUUUUUAAUUGGUCAAAUUUUCUAAGACACUGAAUUUUGGGUUUUGGUGGAAAACCAAAAUCUACUAAAUUAACUAAAAUGAUUCUGCAUGUAAUAAAUCUUUUCCUGAAUUGAGCUUUUUUAUUCAGAUGAAAUAUAUAUUUUUUGUUUUAUAUUUUAAUUUAUUGACAUUCACCUUUUACGUCGAUCAUUCUUAAGGACUGUAGUGUCAGGCAGCUGAUGUUUCAUAAAACUCUUGAGGUACAGACAGUUUUUGUUAUUUUAUAUUUUUGCAGGUUUUUCUGUGUUGGUUGUGUUUCCUCGGAUGUUUGUUUUCAUUUAUUCUUCAGGCUGGUUAAGUGACUGGCAUUUAACAAGCUGAAGUGGAAAGAGGCAUUCAGUAAGGAUUCAUGGGUAAAGUAGUUCUUAGGAAAACUAGAUGAGUGGCCAGUAGUACAGAAACCAGGAAAAAUAAUAUCUGUAAUGACAUCUUUGUUGAUGUUUCACAUUUGAGUCGAUUUUUUUGUUCAAUUCACUAAAUCCUAAUUGUUUAAAAUUGAAGUAUAGACUUUCAGAGCAUCAAAAAUCAUGUCUGAAUCGAGUCAUAGUUUGACCAAAUUAGCACUUAUGACGUCAAAGAAUAGAACCAGCAAAUAAUUAAAUAUUCACCUCAUCAAACUGUUGUUCUUCAGUGUUCUACAUUUUUUGAUAUGCCAGAUUUCAUCUUUAUUUACUUUUAGCUCCUCAACACACUGGUGCCUCAAAGUACCUCCUGCAUUCUGUCUCUGCAACAAUUUCACCCUUUUCAGGAUCAGUAAUAAAUCAGUUUGACCGUAUAGAACACAUAAUCUCGGUAUUAAGACGUGGUUAAUUAUGUCCAGAGAGUUAGAACGGACUCUUCAUUAAAUAUAUCACAGUUUAAUAAUGUCAAAAUGUGGCUAUUAGUUUGACCAAACUCAACAAAACCUAGGAGUGUUCAUCAGUCAUCAAAUCGUAAAUGUUUAAUUACAUCCAAAAUGUCUGGAUGUGAAGAAGGUAUUGGAUUAAUUUGAAAGAAACGAUUCAGAAUAUGAUGGCAAAAUGCUGAUAAGUUUAUUUUCAUGUUUUUAACAUUUUGUGUUGGUGCAUCACAGAAUGAAGGCCUUGAUUGCAGGUUGCUGAAAUGUAAAAAAAAAAAAAAACUAUUAUUUUCUUCAUGUAUAUAAACCUACAUGGAAAAUGUAAAAGCAUUUUUUUGGAGCUCUGUAAAGCUUUUUUCACUGGGCUGUAAAGGAUAAAGAGAUGAGGGGAUAUCUCUUUGUAAAAGUUGUAUACCGAUUAUUUUUGUUGUCUUUAAUGGAUCUCGAAAUAGCAUUUGUAUGUAAACUAUGUUUAUAGAUUUUUAUUUAUGGUGUCAUGGUACAAACUGUACAGAGGUGCUGCAAUGCACAGUCUUGUCUGCUUAUGUUUGGUAAAUAUUUUUAAAUGUUGGGAAGAAUAAAUAAAUUCUGAAAUACUAAAAA